AUGAAAAAUGUAACAACGAUUGAUAUUCCACCUACUUACCCUACAUUUGGAAUGACCAAUGCUAUAAAACCAAAGAUUCAUAAUCAAACUACAACUCAACAAUUACCAAUACCAACUAUGUCAACAAAUAUGCUACUAUCUAUUCCAGCAAUGCUACCUGGCUUUAAUCCUUUUAUGUAUCCCUAUACAAUUCCUACUCCAUUAUAUCAGCAACCUCCUCAAAAUACUUCUAAAUGUAAUAUCACUUUGAAAGAAUUUUUUAAUGAAUUAGAUCAACUUCAUAACAGUAAUGGCGUAUAUACAGCUUUUACAGAAUUUUUUAAAGAGUAUGAGAUUUUAGUAGAUCAUAUAAAAUAUUUAACAGAUGAUUAA